AUGGCAUUUCGUGGACAUGAUGAAUUUGAAGNCACAAGAAUAGGUAAAGUAGACCGACGAUUUUGUGUUUCGUGGUAUAAUGAGCAUCCCACUUGGUUGGAAUACAGUAUAGCAAUGGAUGCAGUGUUUUGCUUUUAUUGUUAUCUUUUCGGUUUGUAUGAUGGUUCAUUUGUUAAAGGUGGAUUUUCAAAUUGGAAAAAGAAAGAAUAUAUAAGAAACCACGUUGGGGCUUCAAGUAGUGCACACAAUCAAGCUCGGGUCAAAUAUGAAUUGUUCAACAAUCAAGAACAAAGGAUGGCAUUUCGUGGACAUGAUGAAUAUGAAGAUUCAAACAAUCAAGGAAACUUUCUUGAACUAUUGCAUUGGUUGUGUGAUCAUAAUCCUGAGAUUAAGGCCGUUGCUUUGACAAAUGCACCUGAAAAUUUGAAAUUAACAUCACCAAGAGUGCAAAAAGAUAUUGUAAGUGCUAUUGCUUCUGAAUGUCUACAUGUGAUUAUCGAAAAUAUUCGUGAUAGUUUCUUCUCAAUUUUAGUUGAUGAAUCUCGAGACAUUUCUGUGAAAAAGCAAAUGUCAGUUGUCAUUCGUUAUGUGAAGAAUGGGUGUAUAUUGGAACAUUUUAUUGGUGUCAUUCAUGUUUUGAAUACCACAGCUGCCUCACUUAAGGCUGCAAUUGAUCAAUUAUUCUCAACGCAUAGUUUAAGCAUAUCUAAUUUGAGAGGCUAG